AUGGGGGACACCCCGGGAGGCUUCGGGGAGGCCGGGGGCGGAGGCGGCGGAGGCGGAGGCGUCCAGGCUGGCUUCUUCCCGAAAGGGUCGAUGGGGAGCACCUUCAUGCGACAGCAGGACGGCGGCAGCGAGGGGAGGCAACACGCCUCCUCCGCCUUGGGAGCCCCGUUGCCGCAGCAGCAACAGCUGCCUCCGAGGAGGUCGCUCCCGAUGACCUUGGACGGCCGGUCGAAGACCCACCUGAAGACCUUCAUGCGGACCGUGGGCUCCCUUAUUCUCCUGCCCGGCGCCGGCGCUAUCCGGAGCGCUGUUUUUGGAGACGCCGGCGGUGGGGAUCCGGAGCAGUUGCCGGAUGCACCAACCGCCGCGGAUCCCGGCAGCGCUGAGGAUGUCGGAGUUAAGCGGGAAGGGCGGCCGGUGGCCGCCGAGGAGGAUGGCGGCAUCGUGGACGUGUUCGCCGAAGCGUGCAGAGCGGAGGCGUGGGCGGCCGCUGCCGUCGGCGCUCAGUUCAGCGGAGCCUCGGAGGAGGAGUGCAAGGAUUACCAGUCUCGCGCGAUGGGGGCCCUGUCUCGGUGCCUGGAUGCACCCCUGCCGGAGGUGGCGUCCGUGAUGCUCCUUCUCUGCCUCUUCUGGAUGCACUCCAUGGAAACAAGAAAGGUCGCGAGGUACUUCGGCUUUGCUCAGCAAGUGGGGCUAGAGCUAGGGUCGCUGAUGCCCGAGGAGCUGCGACACACGAUUGCCUUCGUCGCUUGCUUGGUGACGAUGACCCUCAAUCUGGAUCAGGUGGGUUCCUUCUCCCUCCAAGUGAAAGACCAAGCGGUGUGGGGGGUGUCCUUGCGGGACAACAGCUGCAGGCCCGGCGUUGACCCCUUUGUCCUGGCGCUAACGGCGCUCACGGUAGCCUGCAACGAGAUGCUCCACGACGGGGCAGGCAGAGGCGGCCAGGGUGCCAUCGGAGCCGGCGGCCUGUCUCCCCGUGUAGCCCCGUCGAAGGUGUUGACCGACUUGCUGACGAAAGCUGCCAAGGCUCUCGAGGCCGACGCUCGAGACGGCAACCGGAACCCCGAGCACGUCCUGGCCUUGCUCCACGGCCUCAGGGCCUUCACGCAUGCGGCUCGUGGCGAAGCCGAGGAUGCGGAGGCCUCCGGCAGGCUCAUGCUCGCGAUCAUCGACCGGCACGCGGCCGUCCUCCACCUCCCGCUCACCUUCACCCUGGCCGAGGCCUCCCGAAGGCUGCUCGCAGCCGCCGCGGAGCGCUCCUCUCGGCCGGCGCCGGAGGGGGUGCACGUCGAAGCUCUGGGAGCGGCGGUGACCAAGCUGAGCUUCGCGCGCUCGACGCAAGCGGUGAAGCCGGGUGCCGGUGGUGUUGCGGCGGCGACGGGGGGCGGCGGCGGGUGGUGCGCGUUUGGCGACGACAUCCUGGCGGCGUUUGCGGGCGCCGGUGGUGGCGGCGAUAGCGGUGGAGACGUCUUGUCGGAGGCGGCCAACGACAACAGAGAUCGCUCCAGAUCGGGCUCCAUGUCGCCUCCCCCCCGCCGCUCCGUCCGACCGCUCUCUCGCGCCGCCAUCGCGAGCCAGAGCUGGCAACCAACCACCGGCGGCGCCGCCAUGCCCAUCCCUAGCAGCAGCGCCGGCGGGGCGAGCGGCAGGGAAUCGUCGGCCUCGUUGCCGAGAUGGAGCGGGGGGGGGGCGGCGCCCGCGGGAGCUCCUUCUUCUUCUUGUUCUAGUGGCGUGCACCGUUCGGUGCUGCUGGGAAGCAACGCGGCCGCGGCGCCGAGCGACUGGGUCGACCGGGUGCGGAAGAUGCCGACUAUCGCCUCGUCGCCGCGUGCGUCCAGCCCAAACGUCGUCCACCGCAUGGGCGGCAACGGCGGCGGUAACGGCGGCGACGUUCGAUCCCCUUCCCCGCGGCAGGAAGACAACAACUGCACGAGCCCUCGCUCCAUGGGCAUGCUGCAUCCGGGGCCGAUGCCGUCGGCCGCUCCGAGCGUGGGCGUCAAGUACAUGUCGGAGCCCCGCGACAACCUUGCGCUUCUGUCCACGGUCGCGGCGCCGGGGGGGUACAACAAUCCCCCGCGGCGAGCGUCGUACGAGGACAGGAGCGGGGCGGAGAGGCAGCAGGCUGCCCGCCAGCGGCUCGCGGGGCAGCCGGGUGGGGGGGGCGCCGCGGACCGUGACGGAGGCGAUGACCUACCCCCACCGGCGAACCCGGGCCUCGCCACCGGCAUGUCUUUCGACCCGAACAGGGAUGACGGUACCUUCCAGUUCACGCUUGGACCGUCUUAGGACGUUCGUUGCGUUCUUGGGGUGUUUUCGUGUUUCGUGUGGAGUCCUCUCCUUUUGCGGCGUGUUAUCUCAUCUUGUUUCGUGGAGAGCACGAUUUCUGCACGGCGAGGUUCAAUUGGUUGAUGUUUCUGUUGUGCUACGUUCGGUGUGCCGGGGGGAGGGGGGGGGGGUGGUGGCUGUUAGUUGUGAGAGCUCUUUGUUUAUUUUUUUGUUCCGCGCUCGAAAGCUUUGACGUGGAAGCGGCGACGAAGCACCGAGUAGAAGCGCCUGUGUGAUGCACGAACGAGUGCGAGUGUAUGCGCGCGUAUGUUUUGUGUGCUGACAUUCGUGCAACAGCCGGUCAGUUUAGCUGCCCGCGAGCGCGACGCCACGAGUGUGCCUUGGGAGAACUGUCGCUGCAAACUCGAUCCGUCGUUGGCAUACACACACGCUGAGAAGGGGCACCGCAGGAUCGUUAGUUCGGCAUCAGUGUGAAGCGAUGACAAUAUGUGCUUCGUGAAGCAACGCCUGCCCCUGCGCGCAGGCUUCAUGGGUUCGGGUGGGGUGUGCUAAGACCGCAAACCCUUUGUAAUCCUGAGCGUGGUAUGAUACUGUGUUUUGGUUGCAUGCGUAUGUGCCCCCCUUUCUUAGCCCCUUUUGUUUUGGACAUGGAUGCGUUUUUUUUUCUUUUCGUGCGUAAACUCCGGCAGGGCGUUUCAUGCUGUACUGAACGAGAAGGGUUUCUUCGUGGGUAGAAGGCGGUGCGUAUCAUACCACUGUAUUGCAUGGGAGCCAGCGUGUGUCGAUAAGCCCUUGUGGCGGACUGUAACAACACGAUGGCGCCGGCCGUUGUAGCAUGAUGGGGAAAUAUGUCGGCGUGGUGGGUGAAACAGGCGGCUGUAGGGUGUAAUGCGCCCUCUGUACUUGUGAAUCGUGUCUUUUCUUUCUCUUUUUGCGAUGUACUCGGCGUUGACGCAUUAUUUCUUGCACCUGCGCGAUUAACUGCGUUGCGUGCCCUGGGUGUCCAUGAAACAUGUAGGUUGCAGGCCUGUAAUUGCCCGUAUAUCCACCUGCUUGCAUGUGUGAACUCCGGUUCGUUCGGUUGUCGGUGUCUGCGCAAACGGCAGUGCAAGGUGGUGGCCACACGGGCGGCGGAAAGUAGUUGUACCGUCGAUCUAGAUUUGUUUAUUG